GAAAGCUUCUAGGGGGGGCCAGGGGAGCUUCCCCCGGUGGCCCUAGGUCGUUUCUUGUGGUUUCGUUCGUCCCCAAUUGUUCGGUCAUCCAUUUUCUUCAGUGCUAGCGAGGUUACGAGAGUCGUUUCCAUUUAUCUGGGACCGCGGUAGACUGACCCUUAUUUCCAAGACCAAGAGCCGACUGGACUGGGACUGACUGGGCUCAAGAUGAAAGGACUAAACCGCCCGUGAUCUCUGUAGUGUCAUAUCAUUCGCCGUCUGCCACUUUUCACGUCGGGCAUUCUGGCCCAUACCAGUGGGCAGCCAGAGUUGAGAGGGCCACACGACACCAUGAAAAAGACACCCUAAGGAAGUCUUCAAAUGAUCCAUUUCUCAGAACCUUGCACACCCAUUGGAUCUUGUGCGGUUGCUCUUGGAUCCUAGUUUCAUUCUUCGCUUGUCUACGACAGUUUAACAUCUUAUCCUGAGAUUGGGAAUUUCGCGUGUCGCUGUCUCCGAUCUGAUAAUCUCUCUGAUGGGUUUCUUCCUCCCUUUGCCCAUCUUUUUGCAGAAUACCAAGGUUGAACAGCGUGCUUAUGCUUAUUUCUGCAUGGGAUGGCUGUGAAUCAGUGCUGUACUCUGACUUGCAGCUUGAGAUCAGCGCGAAAUGAGGUACCAGUACCACCAGGGCGCCGUGACUCGAACUAAGUUCAUAAGGCUUCGUUAGCAGGUCACUCUCCAGAGCUUCUGAAGGACUCCCGCGUGCUCCCCGCCAGCCCAGUCUGCUCCCGCUGCCAUGGGCCUUUUCUCCUCUCAGUGCGGGCUCUCACAGUGCUCGCCGUCAGGUCUCUUUCAGGGCUGCCUGGGGUGCGUAAGUGCCCUGACCGGAGCACGGGUACGUACCCGGAUCUUGGCGAAUAAAGCCUGAACUGAAAGUGUCGCUGUUGAGCUGGGUUUUCCAUUUCUUCGACAGGGGCGCAUUUUAGAGUGGAGAACAGAGAGUCGUGAUGGCGUACAGUGACAUGUGCUGGCCCAAAAUCUACAGUUGGCCAGUGACAUGGAUACCUUUUUUCCCAGCCACCUUUCUACAGCGCGCAAGGUUCCGGCAAGGUCCCGCCGGCAGCUCGCAAGUACUUGGACUUGACCUCCUUUCCCGUUGGUGAACCCUGGACAGAGCAAAGUCUCCAUUGCUUCUUUUUCCACGCUUCGCUGCACUCCACUCACUUUGGCUGUUGACGGAUACCACGACACGCCCACAUCUUUUGGUCUCUGUCUCUUCUCACGCCCCCUUCGUGUCUCACCUGUCGACGCCUCUGGUACUGACUCUGGCUUUGGUCUUUUUUGGGCUUUUCUGGGGGGAACUUGCUUGCUUCAGUAUAGGUUGGUUGUUCGCUCUAUCUUGUCUCCCUGGACUUUAACCACGUCAGGGCUCACCCCAUGUUCAGCUCACCUGCAGUUCUCUCUCUCUUUUCUUCUUCUUCCCCUCUUCUGACACAUUCAAUAAUGGCAAUGACAAUAAACAACAUCUAUUGACAUCGCGCAACAAUCGCUGAAUCAAUAACCCCCCAGGUCAUUAUUCAAGCAUCCUUCGCAUUAAUCACACUAAGAGGUAGAGCGGGAAACUCUUCGCUGGGGCCUCUCUUUUGGGGAGCAGAGCAACUGGGUUACCUUACCUUAACGUAUUCGCUAGUGGCCUGAGGAUCCUGCCCCGAUCGGCAGGUUCAGUUCAGUUCAGUUCAAUUCAAGCCACUCCCCCCCUGGCCCGUGGCCCUUGGCCCUUGUCAAGAGCUUUCUUUCGCUCUCCUUUUCGUUAAUAUCGACCCUAUCCACUUCUGCAAUCACCCUCACUUCAAGUCACUCCUUUUGCUCUUCUGGAACCCGGACCCUCUGGCGAGAUCUCAUCUCUUUUGAUUGACGUUUAUUCUCAUCCAUCGUCGUCUCGAUUAAUUCUAAACACUCACAUCCCGUCCCCUCUUUCUCGACCUCCCAUUGUUCAGUUCCAUUCACUCAUCUAUCAUCAACUUCGUUACCUUUACUGCCGCCACAUCCCCUCAAUUCGAUUAACAGUGCUACUACUACCACGAGUAAUUGCUUCAGGGACCACCAACAUUGCUAUAUACAAUUGCACACACUCGCUGCCACACCCACCCACCGUCAGGUCCCACGCUCGUUCGCCGCCGUUUUCCAAAAUCAACUUGUCCGAUCUGAAUGCUCCGAUAAAACGAUUUCUAGCUCUUUGAGAGAGCUUCUUGUUUUUGGAUCCGAUUAGGUAUAUUCACUUGGCUGCCGUCCAAUUCGGGGACCCUCCGAAUAACAUUCGUACCCCAGGACCCCAACUCAUUCGCGUGUCACACUGCAUCCGAAAUAGAGUCCCCUCGAUCACAACCGACAUGAUGACUGUUCAAAAUGACUUGACCUAUCGGGGUGUUUCUGGUCAACAGCUUGCCCUCGAGGAUCGAUUUGAAGUAUUGAAGGAGAUUGGCGAUGGAAGCUUUGGCAGUGUCGUUCUGGGUAGAGUUCGGACGGCUGGUGCCAACGUUGCUCGCCGAGGUACAGUGGUCGCUAUCAAGACAAUGAAGAAGAGCUUCGAGUCGCUAGCACCAUGUUUGGAACUCCGCGAGGUCGUCUUCCUUCGCACUCUCCCUCAACAUCCUCACCUUGUUCCCGCUCUCGACAUCUUCUUGGACCCCUACACCAAGAAGCUCCAUAUCGCCAUGGAGUACAUGGAGGGCAACCUCUACCAACUGAUGAAGGCUCGCGACCACAAGUGUCUCGAUAAUGCCAGCGUCAAGAGCAUUCUUUUCCAGAUCAUGCAAGGUCUCGAACACAUUCACUCUCACCACUUUUUCCACCGCGACAUCAAGCCCGAAAACAUCCUAGUCACUACUUCUGGUCACAAUGAAUCUGGCAACACCUUCCGCCGAUACUCAGCUCUCGUUACUCCUCCUUCAACACCACCCACAUACACCGUCAAGAUAGCCGAUUUCGGUCUCGCCCGAGAGACACACUCAAAGCUCCCCUACACUACUUACGUAUCAACAAGAUGGUACCGUGCUCCCGAAGUUCUUUUACGAGCUGGAGAAUACUCCGCUCCCGUCGAUAUCUGGGCUGUUGGUGCUAUGGCUGUUGAGAUUGCUACAUUGAAGCCCUUGUUUCCCGGUGGAAAUGAGGUUGAUCAAGUUUGGCGAGUUUGUGAGAUUAUGGGCAGCCCUGGUAACUGGUAUAACAAGUCCGGUAACCGCGUCGGUGGAGGAGAUUGGCGUGAGGGAACCAGACUCGCUGGCAAGCUUGGUUUCUCAUUCCCCAAGAUGGCUCCCCAUGCUAUGGACACCAUUCUGCAAACACCCCAAUGGCCGACCUCCCUCAGCCAGUUCGUCACUUGGUGCUUAAUGUGGGACCCCAAGAACCGCCCAACAUCAUCACAGGCUCUUGCUCACGAGUACUUUGCCGAUGCCGUUGAUCCUAUGCGACCCAAGUCUUCUGCUUCUCGAAUUCUUGGACGCAAACAGUCUGACCUCAGCCGAAGCAGCAAGGAGGCUGCUACUACUACACCCACAUCUGUGAAGCAAUCUUGGUUCCGCAAGUCUCUCAUCGGACGUUCUGAGAGCACUGACCUGGCUACCAUGCAGGCCCAGACAAAGGAUUCCACUGCCCCCAGACCCGCACCUGUACAUGCUUCAUCGGCUGUUGAGGCAUCCACUGCAAAGGUUCGCCCAGCUGCCGGAAAGAGGACCACUUGGACAAAUGGCCCAUCAAACGUAGCGCCCAUGCCUAUUCUUCCCACUGCGCGACCGAUCUCGCCGAUCCCUGAUGCUGUAAAUGCCCGCGCCAACAACACAUACGACGACUCUUACGCUAAUGGACAUGGCCAGGGGAAGACCAAGAAACUUGGCCGACAGCUCUCUGUCGCUUCAAGCACAAACAACUACACAGAAAUGCAUCGGCAACAGGCCGAAAGGGCACUCAAUGGGAAUUCUGGCCUCGCCUCCCCUCCGAGUGGACAGAAGGAGAGCUUCUUUUCACAUCUCAGAAAGCGUGCGCGGCGGUUCUCGGGACGACAUCAGACCCCCGUCUCACCCGCCUAUGACGACGACCUGGAGGCCCAGGUUGGAUGUGGCCCUUGGGCUAGCAACCGGUCGUCCAUGGUUAUUGACCAAUCGCAACAACAGGCUCCCAUUCCUAAAUCCGAGGUCUACGAAUCCCUGGACAAGGCCCUCCGAGAUGUUCAGAACAACCUCGAUUCGCGACCUCCCGUUCCGCCCAGUCACCAGAUCUCGCCUACCAGCACCCUCAAGCGACAUCACUCGCUUCCUCAACACCAAGCCCGGUCAGUAGACAACCUGAUCGGUGCUGCUCGAGGUGGGCCCAUCUCUAGCCGAACAAGGAGGGCCCAAGCGACACAUGGCGUACAUCAAUAUGAGGCUCCUGAUGAGGAAGACGAGCUUCUAGACGAGGCUUUGACUUCUACUCAACGGGCCGUCAAGCGCAUGGAGCAGAACCAAAAUAAGCCUCUUCGACAGUCGGCUAGCAACAUUGGGUUGAUGAACCCAUACCCUACGCCGUCACCCUCAGCCAACGGUAAUCAAGUCCUGUUUGCCGAUGGUCACGAGGCUGUUACCCCCAGGCCACUAGAUCUUAACAAGAAGACUGAUAACCAGUAUAAGUGGCCCACGCCACCAUAUGAGGAAAGCGAGUGGGCAGCAUCAGCAGCCGCUAGUAUCUGGGCUGCUGGCAGUCGCUUCUAAGUGUUUCGUCUUGACAUACUGUUACGAUUACGUCCAGUGGCGCCGAAAAAGUUAUUGAUAUCGACUCGCAUGGUCAUGGUGUUCGGGUGUUUGGGUUGAGAUAUGCAACCCUUUUCUGAUCUUUUUAUCAUUGUUGUAACGUGGGCGGUCCGUUUGAUUUUUGGGCAUAACUGGCUUGACUAUACAUACUUUAUUCCUCCCUUCGAUUCAGCACUCAACAUUUUCACCAAAUACCCGGCCGCAGUUUUAUGCCGCCUUCUGCACAUUAUUAUUACUAUUACCUCUUCGCCAUCUCUCACUUUUUGAACCGUUUGCUCUUCUUCGUUUUUAUACCUUGAGUAUCAAAUACCCCCUAUAGACCACAGGCGAGCGCAGCCGCAGCAAUCUGCUUGAAGCAAUACCAUACACAUACCACUCAAUCAAUUUCUUUCCUUUGUCUCACUACUAUAUAAGAAAGGUGGAAAGGAGUCUGAGGUGCUUGGGCUGAAUAUGACCGGCCAUUUUCUUUGUCAUAUCCUUGGGUUAUCUUUGCUUGAAUGGACAAAAAAGGGUCAAACAGGACGCCUCCCCAGGAGAUGGACAGAGUGACGGCCAGAGCCAUCGUUUGCUUAUUGAAGCAUGUAAAAAAAGUCAGCGAGCAUUUUAUUAUUCCCCCACCUUCUCAGUCAAUGCAUUGGGAGACUGUCAAAUCAAUAGAUGGAGUUUUUCGCCGGCCAGGAUGCCAGACAAAGCAGUUUGCAAUUUUAUGAUCAAAGUAUAUAAUUUUACACGCCCCGGCAACAGGAGAAGGGAUGCCUUGGUAUGAGGAGGGGACCAUGGGGUUAAUCAACAAAAUAUCAAAACAAUUACUGUUUCAUGCGCUCUAUGCGAUUUCUGCUUUGACUGCCCAAUGGCCUAUGUGAACUAAGCAUCGUGGGCUUCAUCGAGAAUGUUGGCGGUCUCAUUAAAUCGAUAAGAAGGUUUCUGCCUCCCUUUAGUAGUGGGGGACCAAGUCAGAAUAAUGAGGCAACAUUUGUAGAAAGCGGGGAGGCAGCCAAAUUAGAGAUUGAAAGACAGGAGAUGAGGUGGCUUGAGUAGUGACAUGCAUGGUAUUAUUUGCACAAUAUUAAGCUGGGAUGAGGAAUAAGCAAAUCUCUUAGGCUUUAUAAUAUUACUAUAGUUCACACGAGUGACCGUCAGGGUGUCAUUGUUGCGAGACACAAUGUGAUCAAUGGCAUUGAGUUUGGUG